UUUGGUUGCAAGUUAAAAACAUUUCCUUGCAAUUUCCCCUCGCCGGCUCUUUUAUCAUUUCAAAUAACAAAUUUAUUGGUCAAAUCUUCAUAUUGUCUUACCAUAAUUGUUACGUUGCUCUGAAGUCAGGGGAGGCUUACUUUUCUGAUACGAAUGCUUCAUUCAGAAGCCCAUUUUGAUUUGCAGAGAAGGCUGCCCAUCACACAGCAUGUAAAGAAAUACUAUUGAUUCACUGUAAAUUACAUCUGGCUGAUUCUGCAUCCAAUUAGGGAGGGUAAAUUGGAGGAGGACUUUGCAGAUAAUUUCAAUUCUCGUUUGAACAAGAAGGCAUUUAACUAACAGGACACUUCAAACUGUGGAAGGAGGGAAUCGUGUGCAUACUGCAUUGGUCAGGCAACCUAUCUGCAAAACCAUUGUACAGCAAGGUGCUGUUGCUUGUUAUUUGUUACCUUGUAUGUGUAGUUUUUGUGACCAGUUCAAAAUGGGUUGGCCUUCAAUUUUUUUAAUAGCUAUUAUUUCAACUCUGUUGGCAUCAUCAUAUGCGGAAAUCAGACACACAUCAAUUAAUGCAGACAGUAGGGCUGUUAUUGAAUUUGAGAAAUUUGGAUUCAGCGCUAAGGGCCAUCUGGAUAUCAGUAUAUCAAAUCUAUCAUUUACGCCCUUGGGCCCUGAUCCAAACCCCUCCUUCAUGGGAUUUUUUUUAGUUACAGAAGAGAAUUGGUUUGAGAUCAAAAUGGAGUAUUCAAUGUUGAGCGGUUCAGCUUUAGAGGCAUACUGUGUCCUUAAGAAUGAACUUGUCACGAAACUUUUUGACUUUGGGGAAAUAGAUCCGUCCACACAAUUUUUCAAUAAACCUUUCGAGGCACCAGAAGCAAAUGAAUACAAGCUCAUGUUUGGCAAUUGUCUACCUAAAGUUCAGGUGUGGAUGAAUGUGAGAACGGCCAUGUAUAAUUUACAGGGAAAUGGGAAAAUGGAUUAUUUAUCAGUAGGGCAGGCUCCAUUGCCAAAGCUGUAUUUUAGCUUAUUUUUCUUGUAUAUGGUACUAGGUGGGGGUUGGUGUUAUGUUUGCUGGAAGAAGAAGAAGACCAUUCACAUGAUCCAUAUUCUCAUGGGUGUCUUGGUUGUCAUGAAAGCCCUUAAUUUGCUUUGUGAGGCAGAAGAUAAAUCAUAUACAAAGCGAACUGGAACUGCCCAUGGAUGGGAUAUUGCAUUUUAUUUGUUUAGUUUUGUGAAGGGUGUUAUGCUUUUUACUGUGAUUGUCCUCAUAGGAACAGGCUGGUCGAUUUUGAAACCAUUUUUGCAGGAAAAAGAAAAGAGGGUUCUCAUGAUAGUUAUUCCCCUUCAAGUACUCGCAAACAUUGCUGCUGUUGUAAUAGACGAGGCAGGCCCAUCUAUACAAGGUUGGGUUACGUGGAAACAGUUGUUUCUGCUUCUGGAUGUGAUUUGUUGCUGUGCUGUGCUUUUCCCUAUUAUUUGGUCUAUCAAGCAUCUUCGAGAAGCUGCGCAGACUGAUGGCAAGGCAGCUAGAAGCCUAAUGAAGCUCACUCUGUUUCGACAGUACUACAUUGUAGUAGUUAGCUACAUAUACUUCACUCGGAUAGUGGUUUUUGCCCUUAAAACAAUUAUAUCUUAUCAGUAUUCCUGGACCUGUGAUUUGACAUCCGAACUGGCUACCUUGGCGUUCUACAUUUUCACAGGCUACAAAUUCAGGCCAGAGUCACACAAUCCAUAUUUCAGACUGGAUGAUGAGGAGGAGGAAGCUGCUGCUGAAGAGGCUAUUGCAGAUGAUGAUUUUGAGCUAUGACGUGAGAUAUUUUGAUUCAGUCAGUUUUGUCGCGUUUGUAAAGUUUUCUUGAAAGAGUUAUGCUCUUUCAGGACUUUCCUUGAUGAUGUGGUUUACAAUUGGAAUCGAAGGAUUUUAUUUUUACAAUAGAAUUCCUGGCAGUUGUGAAUUAAUUGAUAGACUUCAUAGCUAGUAUUGUAUUUCACUGAUAAAUAUGGCCAUGUUGGGAAGACAUGAACAUGAACAUCAACUGUUCAUUCGUAAAUUGAAAUCCGUGCUUUGUAAUUGUCACUGCUAGUGCUGGUAUAUAUUUGCAGGAGAUUACUAGAUCAAUGAGAAGUAGCUUUAUAUGUUGUUUUUCUCUGGA